AUCUUCCCCCAAAUCGGCUUCAAGAUUGCCAUAGAAGCACUUUCAUUCGAUCAAGACAAUCAAAUGAGAACCCAGUGAAAGUCGUCUCAGGAUUGGUGGAAUUAAGCAAAAACAGUUAUCUUUUUCGACCCUUAUAUUAUUAAUUUGGCUUAAGAAAUGGAGAGCAUGAUACAAGCAAUAGAAGAAACAACUUCUGGGGACAAAUCAAGCAUUUCCCAUGUGAAGAAACUGCUGUUUAGGCGAAUGUUGGUCGGGGUAAGCGAUGGGCGGUUUUUCAUGGGGGCGUUUUACUGUAUGGAUAAACAAGGAAACAUCAUUCUCCAAGAUGCCGUUGAGUAUCGUAGUACCAGACGAUCUUCUCCUUCUCCAAUGGAACAAAGGGGCCUUGGUCUCAUAUUAAUCCCGUUCGCUUGUAGAACAUCUUGUCAUGUGGAUUGCUCAAUCGAUGAACAACUCUCGUUACUAUCCCUUCAAGCUCAAAGGUAACAAUGUAUUGUGAUGUUUUAUUGUUUUUUUUUUUUUUUUUUUUCCAAAAGAUUUAUAGGAACAUAUUGCUGAAUUCAUGUUAAUGAACUCUGUUUUUGUAUCCAAUGGUUUUCAGGUCUAGUAAUUUAAUAUGUGUUUGAGAUG